GCCUUGCAGGUGUUGAGCGUCAUGUGUGAUAAGACGGCGCCGCGCGGGCGUCUGCGUCUGGAGUGGGUGUACGGUUACCGUGGACACCAGUGUCGGAAUAAUCUGUUCUACAGCGCCGCCAAAGACGUCGUUUACUUCACCGCCGCCGUCGGCGUCGUCUACAACCCGAGAGAACACACGCAGCGCUUCUACCACGGACACACCCACGACAUCAUCAGCCUGGCGUUGCACCCGGACCGCGUGCUGGUGGCGACGGGGCAGGUGGGGGCGGAGCCUGUGGUCUGUGUGUGGGACUGUUACUCCACGUCCACCGUCUCCGUCCUGCAGGGGGCGCACGACCACGGAGUGUCCGGCCUUGGAUUCAGUGCUGACGGACAGAGGCUGGUCUCGGUCGGUCUGGACUCUAAAAACACCGUCUGUGUUUGGGACUGGAGACGAGGUCGAGUCCUGGUCUCGGCCUCGGGACACUCGGACCGGAUCUUUGACGUGAGUUGGGAUCCUGUUCAGCCCGACCGACUCGUCACCGGUGGAGUCAAGCACAUCAAGUUCUGGCGUGUGUGCGGCGGCGAGCUGUCGUGGCGGCGCGGCGUUUGGGGGCGGGGCCUGGAGCACACGGUUCUGUCGUUGGCGCUGAGAGACGACGUGACGCUGUCGGGCGCCGUGAGCGGAGACGUGCACGUGUGGAAGGACCAGACCCUGAUCCGGACCGUCCCCAACGCACACGACGCGGGGAUCUUCAGUCUGCAGGUCGGUGAUGAGGGUUUCUGCAGUGGAGGACGAGACGGCUGCGUCCGACUCUGGGACCAGGACUUCAACCCCCUGAGCCGGAUCAACCUGAGAGACAGUCCCCACGGAAACCCAGGUCUCUGUGUGCGAGCCGUGUGUUGGCGAGGAGACCGGGUCCUUGCUGGGACUCAGGACGGGGAGAUCUUUGAGGUCCAGACCCGAGACCCGGACCGGCCUGUGGUCCUGAUCCAGGGCCACCGCGAGGCCGAGCUCUGGGCCCUGGACACUCACCCCAAACAGCAGGUGGCGCUGACGGGCGGCGACGACCGCUCCAUCAGGUUGUGGAGUUUGGUGGACCACGUGCUUCUCGCUCGCUGUGAUCUGGACGAGGGCGUUCGAAGUGUGACCUUUCACCCCGAUGGCUCCGUCGUGGCUCUCGGGCUCAAGGACGGCUCCUUCUGUGUGCUCAGGGUCAGAGACAUGUCGGAGGUUGUGCGUGUGCGUGAGCGUCGUGAGGUCGUCCAUGAGCUCAGAUUCUCUCCAGACGCCGCCCUGUUGGCCGUCGGCUGCAACGACGGAUCUGUGGACAUCUACGCAACAGCACAAAGGUAUAAGAAGGUGGGCGAGUGCAGAGGAACAGCUGCAGGGUUCAUCACUCACCUGGACUGGUCUGUGGACAGUCGAGUUCUGCUCACCAACGACGGAGCCGGAAACAGGAACUUCUACAGGAUGCCCGGGGGCCGGCAGGUGGACCUGGUGGACCUGAGGGGGGUGCAGUGGAUGACCUGGACGGGGGUCGUGGGGUCAGAGGUCAACGGGAUUUGGCCCAAAUACGGGUCAGAGGUCACGGCCAACGCCGCCCACGCCAACCUGAGCGCCGGCGUCCUGGCGAGCGCCGACGCCGACGGACACGUGCGCCUCUACCGCUUCCCCUGCACCAGCCCAGGGGCGAAGUAUAAGAAGUACCGGGGUCACUCUGCACCUGUCACGUGCGCUCGCUGGAGCUCGGACCUGCAGUGGCUCCUGUCGACAGGCGGCGCCGACCACAGUCUGUUCCAGUGGAGGUUUGUGCCUGAAGGCGUCAUGGGCGGAGCCCUGGACCCCGUACUGCAGGAGGGCUACCCGGACUCGAACAGCGGUGAGUCGGACUCGGAUCAGUCUGAAGUCCCGGAGCUGGACUCGGAGGUGGAGCAGGAGGCUCAGAGCGAGUUCCAGCGGCAGGUGAACAAGCAGGACCUGCCGGACCUGCCGCACCUGCCGCACGGCUCCGCCCGCCAACCGCCGCCCGCCUCAGGACUCCGCCUCAACUUCGUCCACGGGUUCCGGGGCUGGGACACGCGCUCGUGCCUGGUGUGGUGCCAGUCGGGGCUCGCGUUCCCGGCGGCGGCGCUUUGUGUCGUGUACGACCGAGUUCGACACACGCAGACGUUUUACCGAGGACACGACGACCUCGUCCUGAGCCUCACCGGGCACCCGUCCAAAGACCUGAUCGCCUCCGGGCAGGUGGGGCGAGACGCAGAGAUCCACGUUUGGGACGUCCAGACCCUGAAGUGUUUGUCUCUGCUGAGAGGACGACACGAGCGCGGAGUCUGCUCCCUGGACUUCACUGUGGACGGGAGGAGUCUGGUCUCUGUGGGACUGGACGAGUGUCACAGCAUCGUGAUCUGGGACUGGAGACGAGGAGAAUCACUCGCCCGGGCCAAGGGUCACACCGACCGAGUUCUGGUCGUGAAGUCGAACCCGUUCAGAACCGACAAACUGGUCUCAGCCGGAACCAAACACAUCAAGUUCUGGCAGCACUCUGGAGGGGGUCUGACGUCUCGGCGGGGGGUCUGGGGCUCUCGGAGGACUGAGACCCUCAUGGCUCUGGUCUUUGGUCCGGCCGAGGACCUGGUCUUCUCCGGGUCCAGCUCCGGGGACGUGUUUCUGUGGAGAGACACCAGACUCACCAAGACCUUCAAGACCCACGAUGGACCUGUGUUCAGCAUCUGCCCCCUGGACCAGGGCUUCGUGAGCGGGGGGAAGGACGGAAUCGUGGAACUUUGGGACCAAAAGUUUGAACGUUGCCUCAAGAGCUUCGCAAUCAAGAGGUCCUCCCUGUCCCCGGCCUCCAAAGGUUUGCUGUUGGAGGAUAAUCCAUCCGUUCGCUCCGUCACUUUGGGACACGGACUCAUUUUUGUUGGGACGAAAAACGGCGAGAUUUUAGAGAUCAACAAAACGGGCGCCGUCACACUGCUGCUGCAGGGCCACAUGGAGGGGGAGGUGUGGGGUUUGGCCGCUCACCCGCUGCUGCCCGUCUGCGCCACCGUCAGCGACGACAAGACGCUGCGGAUCUGGGAACUGUCCACCAACCACAGGAUGGUCGCCGUGCGCAAACUCAAGAAAGGGGGCCGUUGCUGUGCGUUCUCUCCCGAUGGAAAGGCUCUGGCCGUGGGUUUGAGCGACGGCAGUUUCCUGGUGGUGAACGCCGACUCUCUGGAGGACAUGGUCGGCUUCCACCACCGGAGGGCGCCCAUCUCCGACAUCCGCUUCUCCCCAGACUCGGGCAGGUAUCUGGCCGUGGCGUCUCUGGACUCGUUCGUGGACAUCUACAGCGUCCUGACGAGUAAACGAGUGGGCGUGUGCCGAGGAGCGGGGGGCGGAGUCACGCACCUGGACUGGGACUGUCGAGGAAAACUUCUUCAGUUGAACACGACGACCAAUCAACAACUUUUCUACGAAGCCCCGAGAGGAAAGAGACAGAACAUCAGCCAAUCAGAGGUGGAGAAGCUGCGCUGGGCGACGUGGAGCUGCGUCCUGGGGCCGGCGCUGGGCGGGGCCCCGGGGCCCGCGACCCUCAACGCCGCCGCCGUGACCUCUGACCUCUCCCUCCUCGCCACCGGAGACGCCCUGGGAUCCAUACGACUCUACGACCACCCGGCGCGGUGCAGGAGGUACGGCGCUCACGGUGCGAUGGUGGCGAACGUGCGAUGGACCAAUGACGACGCGGCGCUGCUGUCUGUGGGCGGAGCCGACGCCGCGCUCAUGAUGUGGACCCGAGACUCCGCCCCCUCCAGAGACGGACACGCCCCCGACAGCGAGGACUCCGACCCCGACCCCGACGGAGGCUACGACAGCGACGUUUCCUGGGAGCGAACGCUGGACUUUGGGACCAAAGUCCAGACCAAGAUCCAGACCAGACCUCUGCUCCAAGAACCGACUCUGGACCAGGACAGAGCUGCUGUGAGUCGAGCGGCUCCUCUGCCCCAGAAACUGCUCACGACCAACACGUCCAAGAAGAAACCAGUGCAGGAGCUGAUCCUGGAGCACGUGUUCGGAUACCGAGGACUCGACUGUCGGAACAACCUGCACUUCCUGAGCGAGUCCCUGGACCUGGUGCUGCACACGGCUCGAGUCGCCAUCGUCCAGAACCUCUCCUCAGGGACUCAGAGCUUUUACCUGGAGCACACAGACGACAUCCUGAGUCUCACCGUGAACCAACAUCCCAAAUACUCCAACGUGAUUGCCACCGGACAGGGAGGUACUGAACCUCAGAUCCGGGUGUGGGAGGCAGGUUCGAAGUCGACCCUGUCGGUGUUGCGGUGUCGUCAUGGAAACGGCGUCGGCUCCUUGAACUUCAGCGCGACGGGGAAACUGCUCCUGUCGGUGGGACUGGACCCGGAGCAAACGCUGACGGUGUGGCGCUGGCAAGAAGGUUCCGUGGCGGCGAGCAGAGGCGGGCACCGGGAGCGGGUGUUCGUGGCAGAGUUUCGCCCGGACUCAGAAUCGCGCUUCGUCUCCGUCGGCGUCAAACACGUGAAGUUCUGGAGCGUCGUGGGCGGAGCUUUGAUCUACAAGAAAGGACAGAUCGCCGGCGUGGGCGGAGCCAAGAACCAGACCAUGCUGGCGCUCGCCUUCGGAGCCAACAGCGUGACCUUCACGGGGGCGCUCAGUGGAGACGUGUACGUGUGGAGGGAGCAUCUUCUGGAGCGUGUGGUGGAGAAGGCUCACAGCGGCCCCAUCUUCAGCAUGUUCACCAGCCUCAGCGACGGACUCAUCGUCAGUCCAUCGUCUUCAGAGGGAGGAGCGGUGAAACUUUGGGACCAGGAGAUGAAGCGAUGUCGAGUGUUUCAUCUGGAGACUGGAAAACCCGAGAACGUCCGCUCAGUCUGCAGAGGGAACGGCAGGAUCCUGGUCGGGACGAGGGACGGUGACGUCGUUGAACUCGGGGAGAAAAACUCGACGUCGAACGUGCUCCUGACCGGACUCGGCGCCGCCCCCGUGUCCGGCCCCGGUACGACGCCGUCUGUGGCCCCUCCCCCUGUGGGCGGGGCCGCGGCGGUGGGCGGGGUCUGGGGCCUGGACACUCAUCCAAUCAGAGAGCUCCUGGCGACGACCGGAGACGACGCCGCGCUGAGGAUCUGGGACCUCAGCGAGAAGAAGCUGCUGAGCCGUGUGAGUUUGGGUCGUGUGGCUCUGAGCUGCAGCUUCAGCUCCAGCGGGGACCUGGUGGCUCUCGGCCUCGACCACGGCGAGGUCCUCGUCCUGACCACCCACAACCUGCAGCUGUGGGGCCGCCGCCGGGACCGCAGCGGAGCCAUACAGGCGCUCAGGUUCAGUCCGGACGACAGGUUCUUGGCCGUCGGGUUCUUGGAUCCUCUGGUGGAUUUCUACGACCUGAGUCUGGGUCCUGGUCUGAAGGUGUGCACCGGCGCCCUCUGUCGACAGGUGCUGCAGGUGCCGAGUGGGCGACAGGUGCUCGGCGGCGUCAGGGUCACGUGGGCGACUUGGACCAGCGUCGUCGGGGAGGAGGUGCAGGGGGCGUGGCCUCCAGCCCCAGAGGUCACAGAGGUCACAGAGGUCACAGAGGUCACCGAGGUCACGACCCUGAGCGCGUCUCACUCCGGAGUCUCUGUGGCGACCGGAGACGAUCGAGGACUCGUCCACCUGUACGGCUUCCCCCCACAACAGGGCUCCUGUCGGGCGUCUGGAGGUCACUCUGGGCGCGUGCGCUCGGUCAAGUUCUCGUGUGGAGACCGACUCGUGGUGAGCGCCGGAGCCACGGACGGAAGUGUGAUGCUCUGGAGGUGUGUGUGAGCAGCUCCCGGGGGCCACAGUCCGGGUCCCAGUCCCAGUCCGGGUCCCAGUCCGGGUCCCAGUCCGGGUCCCAGUCCGGGUCCCAGUCCGGGUCCCAGUCCAGGUCUGGGUUCUUAUUCUCGGCAACAUCUGAAAAAGUCGACCACAUCUGGAGCUUCGUUUCUGUUCAAGACAAAACCUUUCCCCGGACUAAACCAGGACUAAACCAGGACUAAAACAGAACUAAACCAGGACUGAACCAGGACUAGACCAGGACUAGACCAGGACUAGACCAGAACUGAACCAGGACUAGACCAGGACUAGACCAGGACUGAACCAGGACUAGACCAGGACUGAACCAGGUCUGAACCAGGACUAGACCAGGACUGAACCAGGUCGAGUCCAGGUAGAGGAGGGAAGUACUGAAGUACUCAGUUACAUUUACUUAAGGAACUUUUAAACUUUUGGAGUAACUUUAAAUGCUGUACGUUUACACCAACUUGAGUUAUAUUUGAUUUAAGUAACAGUACUUGAGUAUUGUACAGAGUAAAAGUACUUUUACUCGAGUAACUGUGGUCCUUCCUCCUGCUUUGAGUCUGAGGUACAAAAGCUCCGGUCCGGUCCGGGUCCGGGUCCGGGUCCGGGUCCGGGUCUUGUGGUUUAGUCGAGUUUGUGUCUAGUGGAAAAAUAAAAGUCGAU